AUGGGAGAGGGGAGGGAAGAUGGGGCGAAAGAAGGGGAGAAGGGAGGGGUGAGAAGAGAGGAGGAGGGAUGGGAAAAGGGAGGAGAGAGGGGGCGAAAGGAGGAGAAUGGAGGGGAGAACGGGAGGGGAGAACGGAAGGGGAGAACGGGAGGGGAGAACGGGAGGGGAGAACGGGAGGGGAAACGAGAAGGGAGGAUAGAAGAGGGGGGGGGGGGGGCAGGGAGAAGUGAGAAGGUAGUCAAUGGAAAGACAGAAAAGAAGACAGAUCUCGUACCAUGCACGACCACACGAACGAGUGGUGGCUCUGAGAGCCGGGUUCGAAAACCAGCAUCGCUAGUUCCCGUACAAGUGAGUCCAAGAUAUGAAAUCCUGGGAGAUUGUGUAUUAUAG